AUGUCCGGCGGCCUAUUGAAGCCCGAGAAGGACUUCACAAAGGAUGCCGACAAGCUCAUCCCGGAGGCUGAAAGCCUCGCCAAGACCGAUGUCCAAGGUGCGGUCGAUAAGCUGUUGGGUCUGGAGAAGCAAUCGAGACAGGCCUCUGAUCUUGCCACUACAUCGCGCCUUCUAAUUGCCAUUGUCACCAUCAUCAAGAACGCCGGUGACUGGAACCUUCUUAACGAUCAAGUGCUUCUCCUCUCCAAGAAACAUGCCCAACUCAAGCAGGCCACAACGAAAAUGGUGCAAACAGUUAUGACAUUCCUGGAUGAGACUCCCAACUUGGAAGUCAAGAUGUCUGUGAUCGAAACUCUGCGCACAGUGACCGAGGGAAAGAUUUUUGUUGAAGUAGAGCGAGCCCGCGUCACACGCAUCCUUUCGAAUAUCAAGAAGACCCAAGGCGAUAUCAAUUCAGCAGCAGAUAUCCUCUGUGAGCUGCAGGUGGAGACGUUUGGGUCAAUGACGAGACGGGAAAAGACAGAAUUUAUCUUGGAGCAGGUCUCUUUGUGCAUUGAGCGCAAAGACUGGACCCAGGCUCAGAUUCUAAGCCGCAAGAUCAACAAGCGAUACUUCAAUCGCAAGCCGAAGAAGUCGCCCGAGCAGAUCGAGAAGCUCAAGAAGGAGGCAGAGGAGCGGGAGAAGACUCGUGGGCCAGACGAGGCACCUAUGGAGGUGGAUGACGAUGUUACAGAUCUCAAGCUCCGUUACUUCGAACAGCAGAUCGCAUUGGCCAACCAUGACAACAAAUAUCUUGAGGUUUGCAAGAACUACCGAGAAGUCUUGGACACGGAAGCAGUUGAGAACAACCCAGAGCAACUGCGUGCAUCACUUGCCCGCAUUGUGUACUACGUCGUUCUGGCUCCCUACGAUAAUGAACAAUCUGAUCUCCUACACCGCAUCAAGCAAGAUUCACGGUUGUCCCAGGUUCCUGAGGAAUCGCGCUUGCUGAAGCUGUUUACCAUCCCCGAAUUGAUGCGCUGGCCUAUGGUCUCCGAGCAAUUCGGCCCCCACUUGUGCAGCACAGACGUGUUCGACGCUGAGGCGAAGCAGGCCGUUGACAACAAAGCAAACCAGAGGUGGCAAGAUCUGCGCAAGCGAGUCAUCGAGCACAAUGUUCGUGUGGUAGCCAAGUACUAUACUCGCAUCCAGAUGGGUCGCCUGACCCAACUUUUGGAUCUGACCGAGGAAGAGACAGAGAAGUACAUUAGCGAUCUGGUCACUUCAAAGACCAUCUACGCUAAGAUUGACCGGCCCGCGCGGUUGGUCAACUUCGCCAAGCCCAGAGAUGCUGAUGAUGUCUUGAAUGAAUGGAGCAGCGACAUGAAGAAUCUGCUGGGUCUGCUCGAGCGGAUCGAUCAUCUGAUCACGAAGGAGGAGAUGAUGGCCCGUAUCCAGCCCACCCGCAGUGACAUGGGCAAGGCGCAUUAA